GUUGGUGAUUGAUUGGACGGGUUGGUAGUAGGUGCACAUGUCAGAUCAAACUAAAGUGCUGCACAGUACAGGAGGUCAGCAUGUGUUGCUGCCAAGCCGGAGUAUAGUCCACGGUGAAUUGUGGUGCUUGCCAGUCGGAGGGUCGGGAGUUGAUGCGGAAUUGAAGGGACAGGAGCUAGACAGAUGGUGGGACACGGUGGAGGGGGAAAAAGCAAAUGCUAAGGUUCUGGCAAAGAAGACGGUCGCGAUGGUAGCAGUCUAUGUAUGAAUGUUGGGGUAGGAGCAGGCCAAGCAUUUGGAGUAACCAGGCUUCAUUUGGCUAUCCGACCGUCCGGUGAGCGGCUAGUGGUGCAGCCUGCUGUCGUUC